AUGGAUUCGACUAAUGGUAACGGUGCUGAGCAUCCUGAGCUUGAAUCAGCAAAUGGGAUUGGAGUUCCUGAUGCAUUGCCUCCACCUCCACCAGUUAUACCUCCCAAUGUUGAGCCAGUGAAGGUGAAAACCGAACCAGUUGAGAAGAAAAACUUGAGAGUCCCCAUGGCUCGGAGUGGGUUUGGAACAAAGGGACAGAAGAUACCUUUGUUGACUAACCAUUUCAAAGUCAACGUGGCUAAUCUUCAAGGCCAUUUCUAUCAUUACAGUGUGGCUCUGUUCUAUGAAGAUGGUCGCCCUGUGGAGCAAAAAGGAGUUGGCCGGAAAGUCCUUGACAAGGUGCACGAGACGUACCGUUCUGAUCUAGACGGGAAAGAAUUUGCCUAUGACGGCGAGAAGACUCUCUUCACGUUUGGAGCCCUUCCUAGCAACAAGCUGGACUUCUCUGUUAUCCUUGAAGAAGUAUCUGUUGCUAGGACUAACGGAAACUCAAGCCCAAAUGGAAACGAGGAUCCAGAUGAAGGUGCUAGGAAAAGAAUGCGUCGGCCUAACCGGACCAAAAACUUUAGAGUUGAGAUCAGCUAUGCGGCAAAGAUCCCUCUCCAGGCUCUUGCUAAUGCCAUGCGUGGCCAAGAAUCCGAGAACUCGCAGGAAGCUAUAAGGGUUUUGGAUAUCAUCUUAAGACAACAUGCUGCUAGACAAGGUUGCUUGCUUGUGCGACAAUCGUUUUUUCACAACGAUCCAACUAACCAGGAACCUGUUGGUGGUAACAUCUUGGGGGCUAGAGGAUACCAUUCGAGCUUCAGAACUACACAGGGUGGCAUGUCACUUAACAUGGACGUCACAACCACAAUGGUAAUCAAGCCUGGUGCGCUUGUUGAUUUCAUUCUGGCUAACCAAGGAGUAAAUGAUUUGGGUCAAGUUGACUGGCCUAAGGCAAAGAGGGCGAUCAAGAACCUGAGGAUUGUAGUCAGCCCCUCAAACCAGGAGUACAAGAUCACCGGCCUGAGCGAAUUGUUCUGCAGGGACCAGACGUUUGAGUUUAAGUCAAGGGACUCGAGGGAUGAAAACGGAGAGUUCAAAAUGGUUGUAAUGACUGUUUCUGAAUACUUCGACAAGGUUCGUAAGAUACCGUUGCAAUAUUCUGGGGAUGCGCCGUGCAUCAAUGUUGGGAAGCCAAAGCGACCCACUUAUAUUCCUCUUGAGCACUGCUCCUUGAUUCCCCUUCAGAGGUACACGAAAGGGCUGAACACUUUCCAAAGAUCUGCCCUUGUUGAGAAAUCUAGACAGAAGCCACAAGAGCGGAUGAAUGCCCUGUCUAACGCUCUGGAAAAGAGCAAGUAUGACUCUGAACCACUCCUGCGUUCAUGUGGCAUCUCAAUCAGCUCCAAAUUUACUCAGGUGGAGGGUCGUGUUCUGCCAGCUCCCAAGCUGAAAAUGGGAGGUGGAAAUGAACUGUUUCCUAGAAACGGUCGCUGGAAUUUCAACAACAAGCAAUUUUUCGAGCCUACCAAGAUUGAGAGAUGGGUUGUAGUAAACUUCUCUGCUCGUUGUAACACACGUCAACUUGUGGAUGAUCUGAUUCGAAUUGGAGGAUCAAAAGGAAUUGAAAUUAAUGGUCCAUUCAGUGUGUUUGAAGAGAACCAUCAGAACCGACGUGCUCCCCCUCUGAUUCGUGUAGAGAAGAUGUUUGAAGAUGUCCAGUCUAAGCUCCCAGGUGCUCCGCAAUUCAUACUGUGUCUGCUCCCUGAUAAGAAGAACUCCGACAUCUAUGGUCCGUGGAAGAAGAAGUGCCUAACUGAAUUCGGCAUUGUUAAUCAGUGCAUGGCUCCUACGCGUCAGCCUAAUGAUCAGUACCUUACAAACCUUCUUCUGAAGAUCAAUGCAAAGCUUGGAGGCCUGAACUCAAUUUUGAGCGUUGAGCGUACACCUGCCUGGACAAUCAUCUCCAAAGUUCCAACCAUCAUCCUUGGGAUGGAUGUUUCUCACGGAUCUCCUGGACAGUCUGAUGUCCCUUCCAUUGCUGCUGUGGUGAGUUCAAGGCAGUGGCCUCUAAUCUCCAAAUACAGAGCAUCUGUUCGCACACAGCCUUCUAAGGCUGAGAUGAUCGAGAACCUUGUCAAGCCAAAUGGAAAGGAAGACGAUGGCAUUAUCAAGGAGUUGCUGAUUGAUUUCUACACUAGCUCGGGUGGGAGGAAGCCCCAGCAUAUCAUCAUUUUCAGGGAUGGUGUUAGUGAGUCUCAGUUCAAUCAGGUCCUGAACAUUGAACUUGAUCAGAUCAUAGAGGCUUGCAAGCUUCUUGAUGCGAAUUGGAAACCGCUGUUCCUUUUGUUGGUGGCUCAGAAGAAUCACCACACCAAGUUUUUCCAGCCCAACUCUCCUGAUAACGUUCCCCCAGGGACCAUCAUUGAUAACAACAUCUGUCACCCGAAGAACAACGAUUUCUACCUCUGUGCUCAUGCUGGGAUGAUUGGAACAAGUCGUCCUACACAUUACCAUGUCCUGUAUGAUGAGAUCCAUUUCUCUGCUGAUGAACUUCAGGAACUCGUCCACUCGCUCUCCUAUGUGUACCAAAGAAGCACAAGUGCCAUUUCUGUUGUUGCGCCUAUCUGCUAUGCUCACUUGGCAGCUGCUCAGCUAGGGACGUUCAUGAAGUUCGAGGAUCAGUCUGAGACGUCUUCAAGCCACGGUGGCAGCGUGACAGCUCCAGGACCAGUCUCAGUGCCACAGAUGCCGAAACUGAAGGACAAUGUGGCCAACUCCAUGUUCUUCUGUUAG